UAAAUGUCGGAUAAACGGGCAGAUGGCCGCCUCGAAGGAACCAGUGACACAUUUGGUGGAUUGGUUAUUAAAAAGAAAAAAGUAGAGGGAGAUUCAAAACCAACCGAACCAUCCGGGAAAAGCUUGCUUGGGCUCGAUAGAUUGGCGUCUACAAAGCGGGAACACGCCAGAAAACGUCUUGAGGAUGAUGACGAUCGAGGUGUCACGGAAUCGGUUCGAAAAGGAAUUGAAAAAGUUCAUGAGAAGCAUCGAGAUCGUGACGACCGUGGAAUGAAAUACAAAAGUCGGGAUGAUGAUCGCAGACGAGACCGUGACAGAUCAGAACGAAGAGAGCCGAGUAGUAGAAGAGGUUGGAAAGAUCGAAGUGGAGAUCAGACUCCUCGCUUUAAAGUUCCCGAUACACCAUCCAGAAUGAGCUGGGAUCAAGAUGAUCGUGAAGGAUCUUCCAGAAAACGAAAUAGUUGGGAUAUGCCGACUCCGCGGGGUGAAAGAGACAGAAAACGAUAUAUGGAUUCGGAACGAAGCAUUUCAAGUGCAUGGAGAAGUGAAAGAAGGAAUAGAGAUGAUGAGAAGAGACGGAGACAUCGAAAACCAGAAGAUUCGGUACGAAGUGUUAAAGAAGAAAAAGCAGAGCCCACAUUUCAUGAUGACGAAGAGAGAGCUCAAUGGGAAGAGGAACAGAAGAAUUUGGACAGAGAAUGGUAUGAUAAUGAAGGAGCAUUUGAUGAUGAGUAUAAUCCAUUCAAUAAGGUUUCUGACGAAUUUGUGGAAAAACGAGAAAAGCAAUGGCAGGAGAAAACUCAGAAGCCGAGACUUACAGUGAAGCAGCAGGCGAUCAAAAGAGAGAAUGAGUUAUGGGAGAACAAUCGACUGCAUAGAUCAGGAGUCGUCGCGAUGGCUGAUGAAUUAUCAAGUAUUUUUGAAGAUGAAACUGAUGAGAAUCGUGUCACAAUUCUCGUUCAAAACAUUGUUCCUCCAUUCCUUGAUGGUCGAAUUGUUUUCACUAAACAAGCACAACCAAUCAUUCCGGUUGUUGAUACAACAUGUGAUAUGGCUGUUUCAGCAGCAAGAGGAAGUGUUGCAGUACGAAAACGGAGAGAAGUUGAAGAUAGGAAGAAGGCUCAAGAUAAGCAUUGGGAGUUGGCAGGAUCAAAACUCGGAAAUUUGAUGGGUGUUAAAGAGAAAAAAGAUGAAACUGCUGAUCCAGAAGACGAUGAUUCUGGAAAUUACAAAGAAUCUCAUCAAUUUGCAUCUCACAUGAAAGAUAAUGAAGCAGUUUCGGAUUUUGCGAUGGAAAAGUCUAUCAAGCAGCAAAGAGAGUAUUUGCCUGUAUUUGCGUGUCGGCAGAAGAUGAUGAAUGUGAUUCGUGAGAAUAAUGUGGUUAUCAUCGUCGGAGAAACAGGAUCAGGAAAAACAACUCAGUUGGCACAAUACCUACUUGAAGAUGGAUUUGGUGAUUCGGGACUCAUCGGAUGUACUCAGCCGAGACGUGUCGCUGCAAUGAGUGUUGCUAGACGUGUAGCUGAUGAAAUGGGAGUGGAUCUAGGACAAGACGUUGGUUACGCGAUUCGAUUCGAAGAUUGUACAUCAGAAAAAACAAUAAUCAAGUACAUGACAGAUGGUAUUCUGCUUCGUGAAUGUCUUGGUGAUGGAAGUCUUGAUCAAUAUUCAGCAAUUAUUAUGGACGAAGCUCACGAACGUUCACUCAAUACAGAUGUACUCUUUGGUUUGCUCAGAGAAGUGAUUGCAAAACGAGCUGAUCUGAAGCUAAUCGUUACUUCUGCUACUAUGGAUGCUGAUAAGUUUGCAGACUUUUUCGGAGGAAACUGUCCCACUUUUACAAUUCCUGGAAGAACAUUCCCAGUCGAACUGUUUCAUGCGAGAACUCCUGUUGAAGAUUAUGUGGAUGCUGCUGUUAAACAAGCUGUUACAAUUCAUCUGGGUGGUAUGGACGGAGAUAUUUUGAUUUUCAUGCCAGGACAAGAAGAUAUUGAGUGCACUUGUGAAAUGAUCAAAGAGAAGCUUGGUGAACUUGAUGAAGCUCCUCCACUUGCUGUUCUACCAAUCUAUUCCCAGCUUCCAAGUGACUUACAAGCCAAGAUUUUCCAAAGAGCACCCGGUGGAAUGCGGAAAGCAAUUGUGGCUACAAAUAUUGCAGAGACAUCGCUCACUGUCGACGGAAUUCUAUUUGUAAUUGAUCCGGGUUUCUGUAAGAUGAAGGUGUACAAUCCAAGAAUCGGUAUGGAUGCUCUAUCGAUCUUCCCAGUGUCACAAGCAUCAGCGAAUCAACGAACUGGUCGUGCCGGACGUACUGGACCAGGACAGUGUUAUCGUUUGUAUACUGAAAGACAAUUUAAAGAUGAGCUUUUGAAGAGUACUGUACCUGAAAUUCAAAGAACCAAUCUCGCCAAUGUAGUGCUUCUUUUAAAGUCUCUCGGAGUGGAUGAUCUUUUGAAAUUUCACUUCAUGGAUGCACCUCCACAGGACAAUAUGCUGAAUUCAAUGUAUCAACUUUGGACUCUUGGAGCUCUCGAUAACACUGGACAGCUCACGCCAAUGGGACGAAAAAUGGUUGAAUUCCCACUAGAUCCAACUCUGUCGAAAAUGCUCAUUAUGUCGGCUGAAAUGGGAUGCAGUGAUGAAGUUCUGACGAUUGUUUCGAUGUUGUCAGUGCCCGCAAUUUUCUUCAGACCAAAAGGACGAGAAGAAGAAGCUGAUGCCAAGAAAGAAAAGUUCCAAGUUCCCGAAUCGGAUCAUCUCACUUUCUUAAACGUCUAUAUUCAAUGGAGAACACACAAAUAUUCUGCAAAAUGGUGUGCCGACAACUAUUUACACGUAAAAGCUUUGAAAAAGGUUCGAGAAGUUCGUGCUCAAUUGAAGGAAAUUAUGCAAGAUCUCAAGCUUCCAUUGAUCUCAAACGGAAGUGAAUGGGAUAUUGUGAGAAAAUGCAUUUGCUCUGCGUAUUUCCACAAUGCAGCUCGUCUUAAAGGAAUUGGUGAAUAUGUCAAUGUUCGUACCGGAAUUCCAUGCUUCCUUCAUCCAACUUCAGCUCUUUUUGGAAUGGGUUUCAUGCCUGAUUACGUGGUGUACCACGAAUUGAUUAUGACAGCCAAAGAAUAUAUGCAAUGUGUAACUGCUGUCGAUGCAAUCUGGCUUGCUGAACUUGGACCCAUGUUCUAUUCGAUCAAAGAAUCGAAACAAUCACGCAAAGAACUGAAAAUGGAGAGUGUCCGAACGGUUGAAACGAUGGAAGCAGAGAUGCGAGAGGCGCAGAAAGAAAUGGAACGGCGGAAGGAAGAAAGUGACAAGGCGUUCAAACGACCAGAAUCUUCCAGGCGUGUUGUUGAAGUCGGAUCGAAAUCGGCCAGAUCGGAGAGAAGAAAGCUGUGGGGUCUUUGAUCAAUUACUCUCUUUCUCUGUCUUAUUUUCUCGUGUAAUCGGGUGUCACUGUUAAUACUCCAGUUCGAUUUUCUAUAUACUCUGUUGCAAUUUUAUUUUCAGAAGUUUAUUCCAUAAACCUUAUAUUU